UCUGGUCGUGCAUAUUAAUGAGAAUGGGAUAGCGGGCAGCUUUUAAAAGAGCUGCUGCCUGCCUCUCCACAUCAAGCGAGGGGGAGAGAGACCUAAACGAGUGAUUGGAGAUUCAUCCAAGCGCUCGAGACGCACAGACGGAGUUGCACAAUCAGCGCUCCAAAGGGACCCCAAAAAGCUGAAAACCCCAUUGCUCUUCACGUCUGCCUCCCAGUAGUGGAUGUUAUCUACAUAUCGAAAGACUUUUUGUUGAUAUUUCAGUAUUUACUCCUUUGGAAGGCUCGGGUUUUGAGGAACUUCUUUUAAAAAAAAAUCUUUUUGAACUUGUGAAGACAUGCGUGGGUGCACGACGGUGCUGCUUUUGUUAAUGGUGGCCUUAUGCUGCCUGAGCGCAGAAGCUUACAAGUGCAGGUGCACCAGAAAAGGACCCAAGAUCCGAUACAAGGAUGUACAGAAGCUGGAGAUCAAACCCAAACACCCGUUCUGCCAGGAGAAGAUGAUAUUUGUGACAAUGGAGAAUGUGUCUCGGUUCAAGGGGCAGGAGUACUGUCUUCAUCCCAAACUUCAGAGCACUAAGAACCUGGUCAAAUGGUUCCGCAUCUGGAAGGACAAGCACAGGGUGUAUGAAGCUUAAAACCAUCGCUCUCAACACAAGGAUCGUGUGAGACAAAUAAAGGACACCAACUCCACCAGGACUACUUUUGUGAAGUACAAGAUGUAAUCUGCAUUGAAGCUGUACUUCUACUUCUUCUGCCUGAGAUCUGUCAAGCGCAUCAAGAGAUAUCUACAAUUUGUACAUAGGCUGGUGGGCUCGCUUUAGUUGGCCAUCAGUGUAGUUACAGUCACUCACCACUCCAGUCUUUGCCACUGUAGUUAUAUUUGUCAAAAUGUGGACAACGCCAUCUGUGUUCAAACAGUUGUAGGGUUGUUUGGUUGUUAUUCAAAGGGGCUUCUGUUUUGUUUUGGCUUUGGUGAAAAAUGUGUAAGAAAAAGAAAUUCUGAGGAAAGACAAAUAUUUCUCUUAAAAAUACAGUGUAUUGGUGUUUAAUCAUUGCAGUUUCCACUUUUCCGUAUACUAUUCAGUAUGACAGGUAUAUUUAUAUAAUCAGCGUAUAAGGUUUAGCUACGAGGGCGCAGUUGAAAUAACGGGAUAAAGGUUCUCCAUAAAUUAGAUUCUCUGUAUCUGUAGAGGAGAGUCAGUCAGUGUGUGAUUAUAUUUUAUACAGAAGUUGUUUUUAUUCAGACAGAUUAUGGAGGUCCGACAGUCAGUGUGUGUGUGUGUGUGUGUGUGUGUGUGUGUGUGUGUGUGUACGCAUCUGUGAGUGUUUUAACCAUUUCCAUCUUAAUAAAAAUUCAUCUUCAGAGGGACAACUGAAUAAAUUUUUUGCAAACUGUUCUCAUACUUAACCUGCAGAGUGCAGAUUCAAUAAAUAUUAAAAAGUAAAACAGGUCAUCUGUGCCAUCACUGCUACAGUCUGUUUAUUGGAAAUUGUCCAAAUAGGUCAUUACUAAGUACACUAAGAAUAUAAGAAUCCUAGCGGUUUAUGACGAAUGACUAUAUGUUUCCAUAUUUUCACACUGGCUGAAAGAUUUUUUUAAUUGACCUACAUAUCGUGGCAUCCUUAAAAAGAUGAGUCAGUCCUGCGAUAGCACCAGUCGACAACAUCUUGAUUUUUCAAACCUAUUUAAACUCUUUAACGCCUGCUGAAAAUGUAAAAUAAUAAUAAUUAGAGUAAUUUUGGUAAAUAUUUGUCAGACAGAAGUAAAAUGUGCUCUGGGCUUUACUGCACCUACAACAGUAAAGCAAAAAUAAAUUACAGUGACAUUAUCAAUAGUUACAAACUCUGCCCAGUGAAA